AUGACUGUAUUACAACCACCGUCCAGUGUUUGUUAUCCGCUGAACCUCCCUAUCGUGCCUAAUCCGAACUUAGAUGAAGCAACAGGAAAAAAGCUCACGCUGGAAUGCAGAACCGGUGCCGCGAUAGAGUUAGCCCGUUCAGGUGUGUAUGUUCAUGGGGGUCUCACAUUACCUCUAAACUUGAGCACUAUAAACUCAUUACAAUUACAAAAGGAGCUAAUAUUAUAUUUUGGAAAACAGAAAAGUAGAAAUGCAGAUUUCAAAACUUUGGCUGAUUGGAUAAGUCCUGAGAUAUUCUUCCUUGAUUUAAUUUCUAGAACAUGGCAAAGAAUGAUUACCACAGUGGAUACUUCUGAAGAUGACACGAAUAACAACCUACACUUCAAAGAAAGACUGUUCCAUUCUAUGUGCUUUACAGAAUCAAACAUUUAUAUUUUUGGUGGGCUAAUAGUUUCACCUCAUAAUGGCUAUGAGCUGAUAGCAACAAAUGAUUUAUGGAAGCUAGAUCUUAGAACCAAGUGUUGGUCUUUAGUAAGUGAAAAUCCUCAAAUAACAAGACGGUUCAAUCAUAGCAUGCACAUUCUAAAUGAAAAUAACGAAAAGGAAGAUACAAAACUAAUUAUAGUGGGCGGGUUAGAUAAUAUGGAUAUUCCCGUAAAAAAAAUUGAUAUAUUUGACCUACAUACAAGCUCCUGGGAAUCGGAAUCAAAAUCGGAAAAUAAAAGGGAUUUGAAACGGUCGUUAAAGAUUUUAGUCAAUAUUGAUGGAGUGCCAAUUUCUCUAUCCCAUGACUCAAACUUUUCGGUUUUAAUUGAAAACAAUGAGGCCGAAAUUCCCACAUUGGCGUUAUAUUAUCCUCAAAACGAAGCUAGUACAUCUAGAAGGAGAACCAGCAAUGACAACUUCUCCAACUAUGCUCAUAGUUUUGACGAGCAUACGAAACCACCAAAGUAUCGCCAGCACCAUCAUAGUGACCUCAAAUAUCUAGAAAGCGAUGACACAGAUGAUAAUACAGUCAGAACGCUUAUGUCGCCAAUCGUGAUUUUGCCGCUGCUUACAAACUCGCAGGGUGCUAGAAUGACGUCAAAUCCUACUCAAAACAACAAAGAGAAUUCUAUCCUGCAAGCGCCAUUUCACUUGCAAUAUCCCUCGGGUGAUUACUUUAAUUAUAAUAUUGUCGUGAUAGGGUUUUAUCCAGACCCUCAACCUUCCAAUCUGCAUUGCUUCAUUUAUAACAUUGCUAGCGGUAAAUGGACUAGAGUGAGUAUAAUCUGCACUGAAUGUACUGCGAACAUGCAUAGAUUUUGGAAACUUUUGAUCUGGAAAUCUCAUCAUCAGGCUUUGUUGCUUGGGACCAAAUCUAAUGAUUUUUGUUCACCUAGUGUCCAAAAAUUUGAUCAUAUUUUAGUAUUUUCUUUACCAAUGUUAAAUGGCUACAACAAAUUAAUGAAUGUAAAGCACAGUCCCACUAGUAUUAAUGUCGCAAACAGUCAUAAUUCAAAGUUGAAUUUAAGUCUUUAUGACCACCUCCCGUACCCUAACUCACCUAUAAUCGAACAGACAAGCCCAUACCCCAUAAAUAAAGGGCAUUUUUCCGUAGAUGACUCGGGGCUCCCGGAUGUGACUUCAAGCACGACCUCACAGUUUGAAAAUUACUCUCGAUAUAUCACCGUUCCAUUGGAAAUGGAGUCAACCAGUUCUAUAUUUCCGCCAUAUGCUAUGGUUUUAGGUAAAGACGCCUUAGAGAUAUUUGGUAAAACGUUAUCUGAUUUUGAAUUUAUUACUGCUGACGGAGAUUCAAUCGGCGUUCCAGUAUACUUGCUAAGGAAAAGGUGGGGGAGAUAUUUUGACUCACUUUUAUCAAAUGGUUAUGCAAACACAUCGUUUAAUUAUGAAUUCAAUGGAGAUUCCUCCAAUAUUAUCAGCUUUUCACCUCAUACCACAUCAAAGGCUGCCAAGUGCUGUAACUCAAGCCAUUCGUCUAAUGGAUCGUUAGAGAAAUAUUUUUCGAAGAGCGGUAAUAGUAAAUCGAACAGUAAUACAAGUCUUAAAAAACAACACAGUGUAGACUUCGCUUUACUGGCGUCAUCGCCUAAGGAGCGGACCCUUUCGCAUAGUAGAGUAUCUCCUUCAGAACCAACAUUCUUUACGGACGAUGAGGAAAGUAGAUCAAACAUACGAAAACAAGAUGUAAUUGCCGAUGUCGGCCCCCAAGAAACAGGCACUUCCAGCAGAAGGCCAACAUCCACUACUUGCUCUUCUACAGGUAUGGUUUUUAGGGUCCCGUUCCAGGACAUAAAAAAUUCAAAGUUGGGGCUAUCUGAACAGUCUGGCCGUUCUACUCGAGCAAGCUCUAUUUCACCUCCUCCGUUAUAUGGAAAGGCAAUUCAUCAUGAUAAUGAUAGCAACUGUACGCUCUCCAAUACACGCCUAUCAUUUCGAGGAGCUUCCACGGUAGGUGCGACCAGAAAUAAUUCGAUAGACGACAACUUUUCGUCCAUUCGCCGUGCCUCACAUCCUCUUCAAUCUCAUAUUAUAGCCAAAUCUUCACCUAAUAGUAUAUCAAAAGCUAGUUCAGAGGAACAGGCUUCAUCUCGUAGAAAAUCAUCUGCAUUAAGGUUUAUAGCUAGUCCACAUCAGUCAAGACAGACUUCGUUUACUUCUACCGCUAGCACUGCCUCUGUUGUUAGUUCUACCUCGGGAAGAAGACGAAACUCAAAUCAGGUUCCCCAUUUAGGAAGCUCUGGAAGCUCACCGGUUUUGCCUAUGUUAAAUGUUCCAUUACCCCCACAGGAAAAGAUUCCGUUAGAUCCGCUACCACCAGUGCCAAAAGUACCUUCAAGGAGGAGCAGUUCUUUGGCGGAUUAUGUUCAGUUUGGUAGAGAUAGUCCAAUCGCAUCGAGAAGGUCUUCUCAUUCGACCGGAAAAUCAAGUUCUUCGGAUGUAAGGCGUCUAUCUAACCCUUCCUUCCUGGGGAACACUCUGGACUCACAAUUACUGAGUAACGCUUGUGGUGAUGACAUUCCUUAUGAAGCAAGUAUUCAAGAAUAUGGUAUGAGUAGUGGAAGAGAUGAAGGCGAUGAAGGCGAUGAAGACAAUUGCGUUUCGCCUUCUAACAUAAGACCCAUUUUCUCCACAAUAAAUGCAAUAAAUGUAAACGGAAAUUUCAAAGAAGGCGAGUUCUUUUCUUCAAAAUCAUAUAUUAAUAGUGAGAAAGGUAGACGGCUCUCUUAUAUCUCAAAUCCUGAAAGUGUAGAGAGUACUAAUUCAAACAAUAACGCUAUUAUUGAACUAGAGCCCUUAUUGACGCCAAGGUCAUUGUAUAUGCCUUGGUCUACCGCCUCUGUGAGAGCAUUUGCAGAAUUCUUUUACACCGCACAAAUCAAUGGCAAGUGGUUAUUAGCACCGGUGACUUUGGACCUACUUAUCAUGGCCAAAAUAUAUGAGAUUCCAAUCUUAUAUGAGCUGAUAACGGAGGUUCUAUAUAAAAUAACGAACAAAAAGGAAGAAAGUCUUCUAGUCACUUGCGAAGCGUUGCUGAACUUGUUCCAACAGAAAGUUUCGAGAUAUUGCAGUGAAAAUGAAGGUAAAAUAAGGAAAACGCUAGAUUCUAGUGAAUCAUAUCAAAAUGUCCUGGAGAUCAAACGUUCCCUAGCAAACAUAGAUAACGGAUACAUUGAUCCGUAUCUUUUACGGAAUACUUCCAUGGCGCAAUCAAUAAACUACACCGACGACAGUAAUGCAGACACUGAAACCGAUACGCAUAACACAAGAGUUUCUAGUUUAGGAUCACUGGCCAACAGAGCCGUUCCUACUGUUUUCGCUGGUGGGCCGAGGGACAGCCAUAAUUCCAUUGGUUCAAUUGCCUUCCCUAGCUGUUCUGCUGUUCAAGCUUCCAGGCGCUCUGUGUCUUUGUUUAGUCCAGCAGUGAAGAAAAACUCUAGCUUGAGCAGGGAAACAGAUCCGUUAGAUACAUUUGAUAGAAUCGUUGAUGAUGUCUCAGAUAGUCGAUUGGUUAGAGAACAAUUGAACUUUCCAAGGAGAAAAAGUGCUCUCAUUCAAAAGACCUCUGCAGAAUAUACAAAACCGAAUUUUCAAAGUGAUAUCGGUGGUAAACCAAUUAGAGUUUUCAACGAUAAAGAGGAACAAAAUGAGCAAGCUUCACUUCAAGUUAUGUCAAGCAUAGAUAAGGGCAAGGUCGAAACAUCACAAAAAGGAAACUGCGAUGGUGAGGAAAGCUUGGACGCUACUCCUGAUCUAUUGAGAAGUAGAGAAACGCAAAAAGUUGAUAAUGCAUUCAAAUUGAAGUCAAACCUAUUUACUUGUGAUGAUUUUGAUAGUGACUCAGGUUCCUCCUUUCACUCUGAUUCAGACGAUCUUGAUUCACAACUGGGUAUUUUGCCUUUCAAAAAAAUGAACAAAAAACUACAAGAACAAACAUCUCAAGAAUAUGACGAUUCUAUUGAUCCCCUUUAUAAAAUCGGCUCCAGUACCCCAGGCUCUUCAAGGUUGCAUGGAUCAUUUUCGAAAUAUAUCAGGCCGAGUUCGCAAAGGGAAGACGAUCCAGAGUAUGUAAAUAUCUCUAGUUUGGAGAACAUGGUAUCACCUAAUGCACUGCCACCUGUCGAUUAUGUCAUGAAGUCGAUAUACAGAGCUUCAGUGUUGGUCAAUGACAAUAAUUUAAUGAUACGCACUAAGGAAGCAAUUGAACUAUCCAAAAUUCUGAAAAGAUUGAAAAAGAAGGUAUUGCAAGAUGUAUUACAAAUGGACGAUGAAGUGAGAGAUGCUGGGAAAUCAAUAUAUGCACGAGGAUCAUCUUCCCCUACUUUGAGUAGACAGCAUUCUGAUAUCACAGCACCUUUGAAACAGCAGGCAAAUACCAAACCAGUCUUGAAAUUGGCACCAAGUUCUCCGAUUUCGGAGGCAUUUAGAAAAUCAUCAAGCAAAUUCAUGCAGCCACCUUCUGCUCAGAUUUCACCUAAAACAUCGGUUACUGAUUUCGCUGCGUCUCAACAACGUAGACAACACAUGAAUAAAAGAUUCAGCACCCAAACGACACAUUCUACAUCCGCUCUAUUCAUGAAUCCUGCUUUUAUGCCCCCUGCAGUAAUUUCUGGGCAUAGAGAGAGUGAAGGAAAUAAUGAGGAUGUGUUGGCCGCGCCUGACAGAGCAAAUAAGAAUAAUGAGAAAACUACAAACGAUGAUGAUGAUAAUAGUGGGGCCUCCUUUCCCUUUUUCAGUAAACGAAAGUAA